AUGAUGGAAGAUAGCGCCGUCGACGAGGAGCUCAAUCGAUUAAUCCAAGAUGUCGUGGAUGCCGCCAAACUGACACCCAAGGCGCGCCUCACAGACAUCAAGCCCACUGUUGCGCGUCUCAAUUCAGCAGCCUACGGACGGGGCGUACUACCUGAUGCCUUGGACAAGCUCAUCGAUCUUAUCACGCGGCCGAGCCAUCUCGACCAGGGAAGUCUGAACGUUCUCGUACGCAACCUCUACCCUGCCACCAAAGUCUCACGCCACGUUGUGAUCAGGAUCAUCGCUUGUCUAGGGCAAGGGCGGUUCAAGGCCUCUCUCAAUAUACAGGCUGCGCUCGUACGGUGGCUCAUCCUGGUGUACCGCACCCUGGAGACCCCUCAGGUUCUUUCACAAAGCUACCAUGUCUUGUUCUCGUUGCUCGAUACCGCGGCAACAAGACCGCAGCUUGCCCACCUUCUCGCACUCAUCACGCGACGCAAACAUGUGAAGCCUUUCCGGAUACAGGCCCUCCUUGACCUGGCGCGCAAGGCAGGCAACGACCCCAGCCUCAUCGGAUUGCUGCGCGUGUACAAAGACUACUAUCCCGAGGUCAUCGUAGGAGAAGCGCACCCUGAUACGUCGUGGCGGGAACACUUGAACGAGGUUCAGGAUGCGCAUCUGCAUCGAUCAGUAGACACUGCGACCAUCACGCGCGACGGCUUCCGCGUCAACAAGCCGCUUGGUCGUGAAAGGUCCGACAAGGCCAUCCCAGCCGUGCAUACUUCUCUGGCAGGCGAGAACUCGGUGACGCUCGAGGAAGUUGAAACUGCGAAGGGGCUGGCGGACAGCCUCGAAAAGCUGGAGCUCCCCAACCAGCUCGUUGCAGUCCUCGCCGAUCCAUUGCUUCAGAAGCUGUUGCUCCUGAGACCUCAUGACGAAGCGCACCAGCGCGUCGCCUACUGGCUACAGGCGGCUUUGCAAGAGGUGAUGCAUGGCGCCGCUGACGAGGCUACACUAUGGGAGCUCCUGGAGGUCGUGCGAGAUUUCGUGACACAGACCAAGGCUAUCCCGCCGAUCCUGCUGAACUUCUUCGCACACUUUUUCCCCGUGUGGGGAGGCACAGGCCGAGUCGACGUCCUUCUCGACAUCCUCGCCUUCACGCCCCUCAAAGAAUUCAAUGAACUCUAUCAACACUUGUUCGGACCCCUCGAGACGGCAUUGGGCACUCAUCGCCCCGAGUUGCAACCCUCCUUAGUCGACUUGUACACUCAAAUACUACAGCACUGGAAGUCACUGCUGCUCUCGAGCGAUGUCAUACCAAAACAUGCCAAGAAGACCAUCCAGGCUCUCGUCAGUCACAUGAACUCCAUCAGCUCCCUCAUGCUCCAAGCUUCACCCACUGUCGCGACCAGCUCCCACGUCCUCGACUUCUACGAAGAAUUCGCCCGCACGGUCACGCACAGCUCGCUCCGCAGCCACCUCCGGAUCGAAAUGCCACCAUCGCCCGUCAUCUACUCGCUGUUCUUCAGCGGCUCUUUGGCCGACACGUCGCGGCUCUGCCAUGUGCUUUCCUGCUUCAAGCAGGGUUUCGAGACGGCCAUUAUGGAGCGCGCUCGCUCCGACGAUCCUACGCAAUCUGGUCCGUACGACCGCGCAUACCUCAACACGUACAAUGGCUAUCUUAUGGACAUAUGCAAUUGUCUGUGGCGCACACGUGCGUUCAGUUCCACGGAGGCCAACGCGCACGGUUGCCUGCUCCCUCCGCCUACAGUGGACGCCCUGUCAGCGUACCUGGCGCGAGUCAACCGAAACUUUGGCCUCGAGUCGAUAUGUGGCCUCUCCCUCGCCCCAACCCUCUGCUUUCAGAGCAUACAGAGAUUCCGAGAAUUGGAAGACGCGGAGCUAGACAGAGGUCGACCGCUGGCAACACGCCAUGCUGGGCCGGUCACGCAGGCUAGCUUGGCAAAGCUGGCCACGUCGGGCGGCUUGAGCAUGGGUUGGCAGGAUUAUCGCGUCAGUGUGCUGAAUUCGCUGUCUGACAAGGGACUGCCGGGGAUAGCGGACUUGCUCAAGUGCACCAUGACCGUGCUCAAGAACCUCAUGGACGGGAAGACAGGCGAGAGGAGCAGUAGUCUUCAGAGGUCGUCACAAUAG